AUGGAGACAGGCGAAAUCCCACUCAAAACAUGGAGUUUGUACUUUCCAAACGAGGAGUACACUGCAUUUAACAAGGAAAUAUCACUUGUAAUUGCUAUAAGAAAAACACUAAGCAUUUCUCCUCUUGUUCUAAAAGGCAUUAUAGAUUCUGGGAUCUUCGAGUGUGAAUACGCUACCUUUUCAAAGUUCGACAGUCCCUCCUCAGCUUGCAUUUCAAGCACACUGAUGUGUUUUAGCUGUGCUGUUAGUGAAAGAAUAUUUGAAAGCUUCGGAAAGGCCAUCUAUAUUGAAACAAGGAUAAUUAAUCACAACGAAAUCUGUCAAUUUUCUGAAAUUUCCACAUCUAAGGUUGAUACACUGGUAACCCUAAUAGGAACAUGCUGUAGAGUAGGCUUUAGAAAAAUUGAGAAUCUUGAAUCAUAUUUUGAGUGCGUCAAAUGCUCAAAGAUUCUCAAGGUACAAAACCAAAACAAUAUUUAUAGAAUACCUAAGUGUCCAUGUAAAAGUAAAAGUGUGGUAUUUCUAUCUGGACAUACAAGUAUGAAAUGUACCGAUAAACAGGAAAUAAAAAUUCAAGAAAUAUUUACGAGUGGUAGUAACACAAAGAUACUUGAAAUUGAUGUGUACGGAUCCCUUGUUGGAGCUUUGGCACCAGGCGAUAUGAUACAAUUAACGGGAAUUGUUAAGGCAGAGCUAAGUGGGGAGGCGUAUAAGCUAAAAAUCAAAUGUAACAAUCUUCAAAUAAUCAAAAAUAGAAAUAAUUUAAGAAAUGAACAAUACUUUCAGACAGAUUUUGAAAUUUUUAAGAAAAUUUCUGAAGAGCCAAACCUGAUAAGCAUUUUUAUAAACAAUCUUUAUCCUGAUAUUUAUGGAAAUACUUUAAUAAAGGCAGGACUGGUACUAUCUUUGUUUGGAGGUACCAGGAAAUACGCAGGCGCCCAGUCUGUCAGAUCUGAAAUCCACGUGCUGAUUGUUGGAGACCCUGGGCUUGGAAAAUCAAAACUACUGCUUAACACUUGUAGUAUCCUCCCCAAGUCCACAUAUGUCAGUGGAAACUUUUGCACCACAGCCGGUCUCACUGUUUCUAUCAGCCACGAUCCUAUUACUGGUGAAUACAUGACAGAUGCAGGUGCGUUGGUAGUUUCCGAUGGUGGAGUGUGCUGUAUUGAUGAAUUUGAUAAAAUAGAUGACCAUACAGCACUGUAUGAGGCGAUGGAGGAUCAGAAGGUAACAGUAGCAAAAGGAGGAGUAUGCUGUAGUGUGCCUACUAGAUCUACCAUUGUAGCAGCCACCAAUCCAAAAAAUGGACAUUUUGACAUGACUAAAUCAAUACGAGAGAAUUUAAAAUUUGAUCUAUCAUUAAUAUCAAGAUUUGAUCUUGUUUUUAUCUUGAGAGACGAUCUUAAUGAAAAGGAAAACUAUGAGAUAGGAAACCAAAUUUUAAAAAAGAGACAUUGUGGAAUGGAAGAUCCAAUAUCUUCAUUGGUAAAAGACUUACGAUCUGAUGCAUUCAUUAAAAACAACAGUACCGUUUACACACCAGAAAUAUUAAAGAAGUAUAUUGAAUAUGCUAGAAUGACAGUUAAUCCUGUAUUGAGUAAAGUAGCCAAACAGAAAAUAAAAGACUAUUACCUUGAAAUCAGAAAAGAGAAUAAUACAUCGAUACGGAACCUUGAAUCAUUAAUGAGACUUACUGAGAGCUACGCACGAAUGGAACUAAAAUCUGUAGCAUCAGGCACGCACGCUUCAUUUGCAAUAAAUCUCCAUCGAAAGAUAUUCAUCAAAGAUGAAAAGCAAGUAAAGACAGGAAAAGUAAAUUUUGAAGGAAUAUUAAAAAAAUACAUAGAAAUAAAUGGGACAAAUACAAUCAGUAAGGAAAAUUUAAUGGAUCUUAUACGACAGUUAAAUUCAACGAAACCCGAACAGGAAGUCCUGGAAACGUUAAACUUUCAAGGAUUGAUAAUUAAGAAGAGCAGUCAGGAAUAUAAAAUAAAUAUCAUAAACUAA